AUGGCAAAGUUGUGUUAUUUAUGUUGGUUUUUUGGUCUGGUGCUUUACCUGUCAACACUGCUGCUGUCCUCGGGGAGACUAAACUUCUUCAAGAAUAGAUCUGGUGUUUACGACCGCAAAUAUAGCUCAUUCCCAGAGUCAGAGCGUCUAAAACGUCUGGAAGACGUCAAACGGAUGUUUUAUUUCGGUUACGAUAACUACAUGAAAUAUGCUUUCCCGCAGGAUGAACUUGAUCCCAUACACUGCAAGGGAAGAGGACCUGAUCGGGAGAAACCAGACAACAUCAAUAUCAAUGAUGUUCUGGGUGACUAUUCUCUGACCCUGGUCGAUGUCUUGGAUACGUUAGCU